AGCCACCAUCGAGGCGGUGCAGACUGGGGACCCAGAAAUGCUGGACACUAUCGUCCCCGCUGUCCAGGAGGUGGGCAGGCAGGUGCUGCCCACACUGCCCUCGCUGAGCCAGGAGGACGUGUCUAUGAUCUGGGGGUAUGUCUCCGAGUUUGUGGAAAGGCAGCUCGCCCUGCACAAGGGGGUUCAGAUUUUUGGACUUGGAACUUUCUCUUUCACAAGACAAGAUCUUGAGAUGGGAAAUAAGUUACUUGUACUCCAGAGGCCUGUGUUCAUCCUGGCAGAGAAGUUAGUGCAGCUGCAUGGACUCAAACAGAACAAAGUGUAUCUGCCUGGUGACAUCCCGGUGGUUCCGCUGAAUUUUGUCAUGAUCUCUCUGGAGAGCCCAUUCACCAGGGACACAGUGGAAGGCUGCGUGAAGGAGACGCUGCUUUUCCUCUCGCGAUCCAUUGCCACUAAGCAGAACGUGGAGUUCACGUUCAAGGGAAUUGGGGUGCUCGCGAUCAAGGACAGCAAGGUGAAGAUGAGGUUUUAUAAAGACUUCCUGUGUGCGGUGGAUGGGAGUGGGACUUUGACGAAAGCCCUAUCAAAUAGGCCUGGCACCAUGGACUCCGUGCUGUCUAGCAGAGAGGCCCUCAGGAGAAGGCCCGACAGUGUGCUUGCAUUUCCAAGGAUUGAGCACAAAGACAAAGAGGGCAAAGCACCCAUGGAGACCAUUGCGGAAGGUGAAGAGAGGCACCCAAGGAGGAGCAGGCUGGAAGACAGGCCCAACCAGGAAGAAGGCAUCAAAGAGAUAUUAUCAUUCAAGAAACUUCAAGACAGACAAGCCGACUCCCCUACCAAAGUGACAAGUGGCAGCUUGCUGGACAAGGUGGAGAGAAGUGGGAGCAGCAGAAGGAACGUGACCCCUGAAAAGGUCUUGACUCCAGCCAGUCUGAAAAAUGACAGCACAAAGCCCAAAACAUCUCCAGUCUCCGCUUGCCAAGAUCACCCAAAAUCCGGACAGGAAAUGUGCUAUGUAUGCUUGCAACGAGCACAACGGAAUUUCCCUUUGUACUAUGGCGAGGAGAGGAGGAGGAAAGAUACAGAGGACGAGCAGCUCAUCCAGCAGUACCAGAUGCUCAAAGACCAGGAGGCUUUCUACCAACGCCAGAUGAAAAGUCUGGCUACUAGAGAACAGAAUCAGAAAAAUGCUGCCUAUAAUCUUGGAGUUGCUGAAGCUAUAAGAAAUCACAAGAAUGAGAAACCUGAAUUUUAUAAAUCCUUCCUAUUUGAUAAACGGCCCCUUAGCUCUGAGAUUAAUGCUCUUAGGCAAGAAGAAUAUUCCCAAACUCUCCUGAAACAAAUGGAAAAAAGACGAGAAAAGGAAAUAAAACAAAGACAAGACAGAGAGGUGAUGGACCGCCUAGAGCAAGAUCAGCUCACGGAGGAACUCGCUGCACAAAGAGCCAAAUACUUAAAAGACAAGAUGGAAGGAACACAGCGUUACAAGAGGGCUUUGGAUGCACAGAUAAAAAACAAACCCACCCGGUUGCCCAUGUUUGAGCCAGACUCCUUUGAGCCCAUCUUUGGUAAGGAAGAGGGUGAAAAUCUUGCAGAAAAGCGAAUGAGAGAACAGAAAUGCAUGAGGCACCAGCUGGAAGCAGCUUCUAGACACAAGAAGAAAGCCAUCCUGAGCCAGCUGUUGGGCCAGAAGGAAGAUCUGGAGAUGCUUCAGAGGACACACAGAGAACGUUUGGCAGACAGAGCUGCUGAGCUGGAGAGAGUGAACAGAAUUAACCAGUGUCUGCAGGAGGACUGGGAAAGGAGCGCUGCCAUGAAAAAGCAACGCGACCUGGAGGAAAGGGCCUUCGAGAGGGCUUCCAACAAGCUGUUCCUCUUGGAUCAGUGUCAGAAGUAUGGGCGUUGUGUGCAGUGCCAGCGCCGCACAUCCAACACGGGUGAGAGUAAUGUGUGGCCCAAGAGCAAAUUCAUCCAGGGCUCUCGGCUGCUUGUAUAGAACACUGAAGCUUGGACCCGUGUUUCCUGGGAAGCACCUUUUGCAUGUUUGGAGUGAUUGUAAAACUGUACUUCAGAGGAACUAAAGAUCUUUUUUUCAGGUUUGGUGGUUUAUAUCUCCUGUGAAAUCAUGUUGGCAGACUGUCCCCUCUUGCCUUUCUCCUUUCCCUACCCAUUCUCUGACGGCAGUGGAGGUGUCUGAAUGGCUCUGGGAUGUGAACCCAUAGCCACAGGGAUUGGGAAUGGGACCCAGCUUUGU